AAGGACACGGCUGAGCCCUUUGACUUGGAAGAGGUCCUACAGGAGCUGCCAAAGGGCCAGAGAGAGGCACUGUGGGCCAGACUAGUCACACUGCUUUGUGACCAGCUGGCAACCUUCCCACCAGAGCACUGGGAUGCUGGCGUAGAGGAGGACAAGGAGGACAAUGACAUGGAGGUGGAGGUGUCCCCAGACCUGGUGAGUACUUGUUAGUUAUGUCACUUAAAGUUGUCACAAUACUAGUAUCGUGGCAAGGAAACAAAGCAUGAAGCAGGUUUAAUUUGAGGGAUACAGUCCUAAUGUUGGAAAGGAACUGCAUUAUGUUGUCACCCAGAGUAACAUUUGUUCAUUUUACAUGCUAUAGCACACAAUAUUUGACAUAAAGCAGGUUCAACCAAAGAGCCUCUGGAUUUCUUUUUUUUUGCCAUGGAAAAUUGGGUAUCGUGACACUGGUAUAGUGACAACUCUACAUCCUGGCCAUUCUCUAUUGUUCCAAACUGGACAUGACAAGAAAAAUUGUUUUAUUCUCGCUCUGUCUUCAUCUAAUGUAAGUGUUGUCUCCUUUUCCGUUCUUGUUCAGACGCACACCAUAUCUGUUUUCGAGGGAGUGACUCUAGUGGUCACCGCUUCUGUUGAAGUCAUUGAUGAUGGUGACACCUACAACUCUCUCUUAGAGUGCGCCAACAUAUUACAUGGUGAGUGUUUUAGCUUUAUUGAAUAUUAACUUAUAAUAAUAAUUAUAUUAAUUUAUUCAACUUCUAUAGUGCUUUUCAAACUCAACUCUCCUUUCUGUCUCUGUCGAACAACUCCAGGUGUCUUGCCCUACCUUCCUGCCUCUGAGAUGCCUCUGCGGCAGGCUGUCCACCGUCUGUGUGAGGCCUGGUGGAAGAAAGGCCUCCUGGGGAAAGAAGAGCUGGGCCGCACAGCCUUCCUCGUAUGCCUGGAGAAGACUCUCAUACUGAAGAAACCAGUACGUACCCUUUAGCACCAACAUGGCCUGUUGUUGCUUUUCUGUUUUGCUCUCUGUUGGUCUUGCUUUCUCUAGCAAGCUUUAUAGGAAUCCUUAAAAAAAAACACCGUUAUUUUGGUGGAAAAUACAGAAUGUUUCACGUUUCCUUUUUUGGGGGGGCUUGCUUUUUGUUGUUCGCCCCAUAUCUGAUUGGCUUUCAUCCUCUGUGUUUUGUCAAGCCCCCUGUAUCCCUAAUCAUCUCCACCAGGAGCCUGAGUCAAAAAGAAAAUGACCGGUCUCAUUAAAUCUGUUUUAUGUCCACUUCCUGGUCUCGACAACAGACGAGAGCUUUCUAAUCACCCGGUACUCUCAUUCAGUGAUCAUCUGAAGAAUUUGAUUUGAAAGAGAGUAUGUGUACUUUAUUUUAUUUCUAUGUCAGCACUGAAGUCUUCUUCAACACUAGUGUAUCUGAGAGAGGUGGAUAUUUGCAUUGGAGUGAUUUACAAUUAUGGUCUGUGAUCUUCUUUUUCUGCCUUAGUGAGAUGGAUUCCGCUCUUGUCGCAGGCAGUAUCUGGGUGGUUCCGUGAAAAGAGUGCCUUUUGAUAUUUUGUCUGAAUUGCAUUUUUAAAAGGCUGUUAUAUUAUAUUAAAUGAGGUGACUUUGAAUAUAGAGCACAUGGAUAAUUCACUACAUUAAAUUUUUAUUUAUACAAAUAAAGACUUGCUAAAGUGCCAAAAUUCUGCAUUUUGACAUACAUUUUUACAUUACAUUUGUCAUUUAGCAGACGCUCUUACCCAGAGCGACUUACAGUUAGUGCAUACAUUUUCAUACUAAUCUCUUCAAAUUGCAUUCAAUACAAUAUUCAGGGUUUCGCGAAUGAGCUGCUUAGUUUGAUACACCGACCACACGGUUAACAGCUAUAGGCAGUAACCUGCCCUUCAGGGUCUGGAGAACAUGUUGGGAGUAGGUCAGCAACCUGAUUCUGCACCGCAACGCGUCAAGAGAAGACACAGGAUGGGCAGCCAUUAUGGUGGGAAGCCCCUCCACCUCUCUAUGGAACCAGAGGGCUGUGUGUGACAUGUCCCUCCGUGCACGCUCUGUGACUUAUAGGAAGAUUUUAACCCUCAACCCCAAAAUUUCUCCCAAGUUUUCACCAUAGUUAUUUUGUUGAUUAGUGAUUCAUUUACGUCUGUCCCUCAUUUUAUGGUCAACCCUGUUACGUGAACUGAACUCUCAUUUUAAUAUGGUGAAACUAUCCCUUUUAAAUAAUUUUUUUCAAAAGAAACAUUGAACAUCUAAUAGUCAAUUUUCAAAAUAAACAUUGAACAUCUAAUAGUCAAAUCAUAGUGUAAAAGCAGGUGAGCUGGUUCUAAUCUUUUUGCCCAUUUUCUGGUGUUUUGUGGUGGAUUACUGAGUUGGUCGAGCGUAACACAUCAACCCUGUUACCCAUAGAUGGAAAGACAGGCUAGAAAUGUUUGAACAAUUUAAAACAUGUUGUGAAGCAUUCAAUUGCCACUUCUCAAAAGGCACCGAAUUGGUGGAACAAACCAUCUGCAUUGUUGGCUGUUCUCCAAAUUGUGUCUAUCUCUGUAUUAACCGUUUGUCUCAUCUUGGCACAUUUGUCUCAUCUUGGCACAUUUGUCUUGUGGUGUCGACCAGUUUUGUAUUCGGGUUGCUGAAUGUUGUCGCUGCGUUGUCUGCAUGUUCUCAGGGGGCUGAGAUCCAAAGGCUGUGGGGUUUCCAUGAGGUGCUGCUGACUGUGGAUUUUUCAUCGGAGGACAGCAAGGAGCUGAUCGAUCUGCUGCUACAAUGCUUCCUCAGUGUCAAUCACAUCAGAAACGAAGAUGUAAGUAUGUGUGUCAGAACUGGGUUUCAAAUAUUUGAAAAAUUGAUUGUAUUAUUUGUCUGUGCCUAUUUGAGCUUGCCUGGCUUAAUAUAACAAAAUAAAAGACUGCAAACCCUGCCCAUCUGGAACUCCAGACAGACUCAAGCAAACGCUCAAUGUAUUUCAAUCGAUUUUUGAAGUAUUUUAAACCCAAGUCUGGUGUGUGUGUGUGUCCUAUCAUGCUCACAUUGUUGUUCUGACAACCUUACUUUCUCGGGCAGGGAAAGCGUCUGAUGGUGUUCCUCUUUAGCUGGAAUGUCAACUUCAUCCGGAUCAUCCAUGGAACCAUCAAAAACCAGUUGCCCUACUUUGCAAAGUAAGUGUUUGCAUUUCUAGUUUCCAAUUCUACGAUAGCUAGCAACCAACUCCGUGGCCUUGUUAGAAUGUCAGCCAGAUUGGGAGGCUGAAGGUUCCAUCCCCGGUCGAGUCAUACCAAAGACUCUUAAGAAAUGGGACCAGAUGCCUCUGCUUGGCACUCAGCGUGCAGGGUUCCCCCAAAAGGUGUCCAGCGGGUGAUAUUAUUUGGCCUCCCAAGUUUUCUGAGCAAAAACAUUAUUAUUAUUAUUAUUCAUUUUUUAUUUUGUUGUUGAACAUAAAGGACUGUAAAAUCACCAGGAUCGCAGCUAAAAGUGAUUUUAAUUGAUGAAAUCUGUUCCCAAGUAUUCCCACACAUAAAUAUAGAGGCAUAUGUGAACGUAUCCCAAUGUAAUCAAGGUUUGAAAUGAUUCAGUUUUUGUCAAAUACUGUGUCUGUUUGGGCUUCUUGCGGUCACUUUGCAGUGUACAAAUAAUUUAUAGCUAUGUUCCGGCCCCCCGACCAUCCUCCCGCUGCAGAAACAGGAGAUGGUCCGUUGUGGCUCGGUCAGGGCUUACUUAUUCUAAGGUAGCUGUCAGGAGGCAAUGGUUUUCUACUAUUCAAUUCAUGAUGAUACACCUGUUUUUUUGACUCCUUGGUUGAACUCUUGUUGAUUUUCCCAGUUCCCUCACUGACCACAUAGCUGAGAUCUACUGCCGGGCCUGGAAGAAGGCCUCUGGGGUCUGUCUGGAGCAGAUAGAGAGCACCUGCAUCCAGGACUUCAUGCAGCACGCUGUGCUCCUGCACAGGACCUCACCUGUCCAUACCAAAGUCAGACAGGUGGGCAUGUGCACAUUUGACUUGGUGUACCUCCCAAAUGGCACCCUAUUCCCUGUAUAGUGCACUACUUUUGACCAGUGCCCAUACUAGUGCAACCAUUGGGCUCUGGUCAAAAUGAGUGCACUAUAUAGGGAAUAGGGUGCCACUUGGGACGUAGACAGAGUACUACUUCAACAGCACACGUUACUUGUAUUUAUUUUCUCGUCUUUCAUAUCAAGACUGCUAAGGCUUUAGCGUAAUAUAAUAAUAUAUGCCAUUUAGCAGACGCUUUUAUCCGAAGCGACUUAGUCAUGCAUGCAUACAUAAUUUUUACAUACAGUGGGGAAAAAAAGUAUUUAGUCAGCCACCAAUUGUGCAAGUUCUCCCACUUAAAAAGAUGAGAGGCCUGUAAUUUUCAUCAUAGGUACACGUCAACUAUGACAGACAAAAUGAGGGGGAAAAAAUCCAGAAAAUCACAUUGUAGGAUGUUUAAUGAAUUUAUUUGCAAAUUAUGGUGGAAAAUAAGUAUUUGGUCAAUAACAAAAGUUUCUCAAUACUUUGUUAUAUACCCUUUGUUGGCAAUGACACAGGUCAAACGUUUUCUGUAAGUCUUCAAGGUUUUCACACACUGUUGCUGGUAUUUUGGCCCAUUCCUCCAUGCAGAUCUCCUCUAGAGCAGUGAUGUUUUGGGGCUGUCGCUGGGCAACACGGACCUUCAACUCCCUCCAAAGAUUUUCUAUGGGGUUGAGAUCUGGAGACAGGCUAGGCCACUCCAGGACCUUGAAAUGCCACUUCGUUGCCCGGGCGGUGUGUUUGGGAUCAUUGUCAUGCUGAAAGACCCAGCCACGUUUCAUCUUCAAUGCCCUUGCUGAUGGAAGGAGGUUUUCACUCAAAAUCUCACGAUACAUGGCCCCAUUCAUUCUUUCCUUUACACGGAUCAGUCGUCCUGGUCCCUUUGCAGAAAAACAGCCCCAAAGCAUGAUGUUUCCACCCCCAUGCUUCACAGUAGGUAUGGUGUUCUUUGGAUGCAACUCAGCAUUCUUUGUCCUCCAAACACGACGAGUUGAGUUUUUACCAAAAAGUUAUAUUUUGGUUUCAUCUGACCAUAUGACAUUCUCCGAAUCCUCUUCUGGAUCAUCCAAAUGCACUCUAGCAAACUUCAGACGGGCCUGGACAUGUACUGGCUUAAGCAGGGGGACACGUCUGGCACUGCAGGAUUUGAGUCCCUGGCGGCGUAGUGUAUUACUGAUGGUAGGCUUUGUUACUUUGGUCCCAGCUCUCUGCAGGUCAUUCACUAGGUCCCCCCGUGUGGUUCUGGGAUUUUUGCUCACCGUUCUUGUGAUCAUUUUGACCCCACGGGGUGAGAUCUUGCGUGGAGCCCCAGAUCGAGGGAGAUUAUCAGUGGUCUUGUAUGUCUUCCAUUUCCUAAUAAUUGCUCCCACAGUUGAUUUCUUCAAACCAAGCUGCUUACCUAUUGCAGAUUCAGUCUUCCCAGCCUGGUGCAGGUCUACAAUUUUGUUUCUGGUGUCCUUUGACAGCUCUUUGGUCUUGGCCAUAGUGGAGUUUGGAGUGUGACUGUUUGAGGUUGUGGACAGGUGUCUUUUAUACUGAUAACAAGUUCAAACAGGUGCCAUUAAUACAGGUAACGAGUGGAGGACAGAGAAGCCUCUUAAAGAAGAAGUUACAGGUCUGUGAGAGCCAGAAAUCUUGCUUGUUUGUAGGUGACCAAAUACUUAUUUUUCACCAUAAUUUGCAAAUAAAUUCAUUAAAAAUCCUACAAUGGGAUUUUCUGGAUUUUUAUUUCUCAAUUUGUCUGUCAUAGGUGACGUGUACCUAUGAUGAAAAUUACAGGCCUCUCAUCUUUUUAAGUGGGAGAACUUGCACAAUUGGUGGCUGACUAAAUACUUUUUUCCCCACUGUAUGGGAGGUCCGGGGAAUUGAACCCACUAUCCUGGUGUUGCAAGAGCCAUGCUCUACCAACUGAGCUACAAAGGACCAGAUAAUAUCAGCAAUCCUCUGGCUGGCUUACUUUGCCACAAAGUUUACAAAUUCUUUGCAAGCGUUGAUGUGUAUUUUAUGUGUGUGACUGAACUCUCCCUUCUCUCUAGAUACUGAGCUACUUUCACAAACGGAAGUGCCGCCAUGGGUUGGAUGAGAUGCUCUACAGACUCUACAAGCCCAUUCUCUGGAGAGCACUAAGUGUACAGUCAAAGUUUCCUUCACACACACACUCUAUUUCUGGAUAGUGUUUUUUCCCCUAGUUGAACUAUUGAAGGAAUCGUCUCUCCAUCAUUGUAGGCUGCCAACUCUGAGGUCCGGGCCAAUGCCACUCUGCUCUUCACCGAGGCCUUCCCUAUCCACGACCCUAGCCAGAGCAGUGAGAAGAUGGACGAGACCAUCCAGAAACAACUGGACACGCUGGUCGUAAGUGAUUGUAUUAUGACAUUGAAUUUCCAAGUGGUCGUUUAAUGUAUUUGAAACUCUAAAAAUGCCAUAAGUUGAGCUAAAACAUUCCAGAAUGUGUAGAUUAAAGGGUUAAAUAGUUAAAGUGUAGUGAGCCUAUUUCAUCAGCACUGUGUACAGUGUAUUCCUGUUUAAUAAGUGUUGUGUCUCAUUAAUAUUCUAAAGCUCUCUCCUGUUUGUUCCUGUGUGUCGGUGUGUGUUUGUAAUAUAUCAGUGCCUGCUGGAGGACCCUCAGCCCCUGGUGCGCUCCACAGCCACCCUGGGGGUCUGUAAGAUCCUGGCCAAGUGCUGGGAGGUCAUCCCCCCCACCGUCAUCACCGACUUCCUCAAGAAGCUGGUGGUAGAGCUGGCCAAUGAUACCAGCUCCCCUGAUGUCCGCUGCUCCGUCUUCAAGGUGGGUGACCCCAUUAUUGAAUACUAUAGAACACUAUAUAAUAGAACAUUACGGCUAUGUCCCAAAUGGGACCUAUUCCCUAUAUAGUGCACUACUUUUGACUGGCCCAUAAGGCUCUGGUCAAAAGCAGGGCACUAUAUAUGGAAUAGGGUGGCAUUUGGGAUGCAGACCUACAGUGCAUUCGGAGAGUAUUCAGACCCCUUCACCUUUUCCACAUUUUGAUACGUUACAGCCUUAUUCUAAAAUUGAUUAAAUAAAUAAAUCCUCAUCAAUCUACACACAAUACCCCAUAAUGUCAAAGCGAGGGAAAAAAAACAGAAAUACCUUUAUUUACAUAAGUAUUCAGACCCUUUGCUAUGAGACUCGAAAUGGAGUGCCGGUGCAUCCUGUUUCCAUUGAUCAUCCUUGAGAUGUUUCUACAACUUGAUUGGAGUCCACCAGUGUUAAAUUCAAUUGAUUGGACAUGAUUUGAGAAGGCACACACCUGUCUAUAUAAGGUCCCACAGUUGACUGCAUGUCAGAGCAAAAACCAAGCCAUGAUGUCGAAGGAAUUGUCCGUGGAGCUCCGAGACAGGAUUGUGUCAAGGCACAGUUCUGGGGAAGGGUACCAAAAGAUGUCUGCAGCACUGAAGGUCCCCAAGAACACAGUGGCCUCCAUCAUUCUUAAAUGGAAGAAGUUUGGAACCACAAAGACUCUUCCUAGAGCUGGCCGCCCGGCCAAACUGAGCAAUCGGGGGAGAAGGGCCUUGGACAGUGGUCAGAGAGGUGACCAAGAACCCGAUGGUCACUCUGACAGAGCUCCAGAGUUCCUCUGUGGAGAUGGGAGAACCUUCCAGAAAGACAACCAUCUCUGCAGCACUCUACUAAUCAGGCCAGACAGAAGCCACUCCUCAGUAAAAGGCACAUGAAAGCCAGCUUGGAGUUUGCCAAAAGGCACUUAAAGGACUCUGACCAUGAAAAACACGAUUCUUUGGUCUGAUGAAACCAAGAUGGAACUCUUUGGCCUGAAUGCAAAGUGUCAUGUCUGGAGGAAACAAGGCACCGCUAAUCACCUGGCCAAUACCAUCCCUACGGUGAAGCAUGGUGGUGGCAGCAUCAUGCUGUGGGGAUGUUUUUCAGCGGAAGGGACUGGGAGACUAUUCAGGAUCGAGGGAAAGAUGAACGGAGCAAAGUACAGAGAGAUCCUUGAUGAAAACCUGCUCCAGAGCGAAGGUUCAACUUCCAACAGGACAACGACCCUAAGCACACAGCCAAGACAACGCUGGAGUGGCUUCGGGCAAGUCUCUGAAUGUCCUUGAGUGGCCCAGCUAGAGCCCGGACUUGAACCCGUUCGAACAUCUCUGGAGAGACCUGAAAAUAGCUGUGCAGCGACGCUCCCCAUCCAACCUGACAGAGCUUGAGAGGAUCUGCAGAGAAGAAUACAGGUGUGCCAAGCUUGUAACGUCAUACCCAAGAAGACUCGAGGCUGUAAUCGCUGCCAAAGGUGCUUCAACAAAGUACUGAGUAAAGGGUCUGAAUACUUAUGUAAAUGUAAUAUUUCCAUUUUUUAUUUUGAAUACAUUUGCACAAAUUAAAAAAUAAAUAAAAAUGCAUCGAUUUUAGAAUAAGGCUGUAACGUAACAAAAUCUGGAAAAAGUUAAGGGGUCUGAAUACUUUCCGAAUGCACUGUAUAUCUCUGAGUGCAACGGUGAACUCUGACCCCCCUCUAGAUCACCACCAGUCAGGACUGUGGUUCUGUGUUAUCGAUUACUGAUUUGUUAAAUCUUCUCUCCAGUGUUUGACCAUCGUACUGGACAAUGGCUACAGCCACCCAUUGCUUGAGCAGCUUCUGCCAGCUCUGAAGAACAGCCUCCAUGACACCUCAGAGAAAGUACGCGUGGCCUUCCUCGACAUGCUGCUAAAGAUUAAAGCUGUGCGGGCCGCCAAGGUAAGACACGGCUUGUGUGUGUGUGUGUGUGUGUGUGUGUGUGUGUGUUUUUGUUUUUAUUGUACAGGCAUGUAUAUGUACAUAUUCUGUAUGAAUAUCUUUAGCAACGCACAUGCCCCGCCAACCUAAGGAUCUGUCUUUUUCAGCCAUCUAUUUCCUGUGUUUUGAGGGGUGCAAAAUCCACUUGUCACUUAAAUCUUGCUAGAUGGAUUGCUUUAAUUUUAGUCCUGCGACUCUUUCAUACUCUUGCUUGUGUCUGUAGUUUUUUCCCAUUAACGUUACGUACGACCGCGGAAAUGUUUGUAAUGACCUGUCAAACACACCCCAGUAAUGGCUGAAAUGGGAUACAAUGGCUUUCCAUUGAGUCUAUAAGAAUGCUAAAGCUUCAUCUGGGAUUUAACGCACCUUCUCCGACACUUGCAUCACAAGAAAGAGAAGAAAGAUAACUUUAUUUUGAUGGGUGUGUUUUUUUUUGUGCAAUUGAAAUAAGUAGUCAUUUAAUACAGGUGAAAUGUUUAGAAAUUAGGUGUGCUGAAAUGAAAGAAACUAAGAAAAUGACACCUGGAUUAUAGUGAUAUUAUGUCUGAUCUUGCAAACAAUGUAUGUAUCUUUAUGUUCAUUUAUUCAUGUCUGCAAAUAUACCCAGUGUGGUUAUGCAAAUGAGGAACAUACUUUUCUUUAUUUUAACACAAAAUAUAAAAAUAGACCUGGUACAAUAAGAAUGUACACUGAGUGUACAAAACAUUAGGAACACCUUCCUAAUAUUGAGUUGUAACCCCUUUUGCCCUCAGAACAGCCUCAAUUCAUUGGGGCGUGGACUCUACAAGGUGUCGAAAGCGUUCCACAGGGAUGGCCCAUGUUGACUCCAAUGCUUCGUACAGUUGUGUGAAGUUGGCUGGAUGUCCUUUGGGUGGUGGACCAUUCUUGAUACACAUUGUUGAGUGUGAAAAACCCAGCAGCGUUGCAGUUCUUGACACAUUCAAACCGGUGCGCCUGGCACCUACUACCAUACCCCGUUCAAAGGCACUUUCAUAUUUUCUCUUGCCCAUUCACCCUCUGAGUCGGAAGUUUACAUACACUUAGGUUGGAGUCAUUCAAACUUGUUUGUCAUCCACUCCACAAAUUUCUUGUUAACAAACUAUAGUUUUGGCAAGUUGGUUAGGACAUCUACUUUGUGCAUGACACAAGUAAUUUUUCCAACAGAUUAUUUCACUUAUAAUUUACUGUAUCACAAUUCUAGUGGGUCAGAAGUUUACAUACACUAAGUUGACUGUGCCUUUAAACAGCUUGGAAAAUUCCAGAAAAUGAUGUCAUGCUUUAGAAGCUUCUGAUAGGCUAAUUGACAUUUGAGUCAAUUGGAGGUGUACCUGUGGAUGUAUUUCAAGGCCUACCUUAACUCAGUGCCUCUUUGCUUGACAUCAUGGGAAAAUCAAAAGAAAUCAGCCAAGACCUCAGAAAAAAAAAAGUAGACCUCCACAAGUCUGGCUCAUCCUUGAGAGCAAUUUCCAAAUGCCUGAAGGUACCACGUUCAUCUGUACAAACAAUAGUACGCAAGUAUAAACACCAUGGGACCACGCAGCCGUCAUACCGCUCAGGAAGGAGACUCGUUCUGUCUCCUAGAGAUGAACGUAUUUUGGUGCAAAAAGCACGGGGGUGGCAGCACCAUGCUGUGGGGGUGCUUUGCUGCAGGAGAGACUGGUGCACUUCACAAAAUAGAUGGCAUCAUGAGGAAGGAAAAUGAUGUGGAUAUAUUGAAGCAACAUCUCAAGACAUCAGUCAGGAAGUUAAAGCUUGGUCGCAAAUGGGUCUUCCAAAUGGACAAUGACCCCAAGCAUACUCCCAAAGUUGUGGAAAAAUGGCUUACGGACAACAAAGUCAAGGUAUUGAAGUGGCCAUCACAAAGCCCUGACCUCAAUCCUAUAGAAAAUGUGUGGGCAGAACUGAAAAGGCGUGUGCGAGCAAGGAGGCCUACAAACCUGACUCAGUUACACCAGCUCUGUCAGGAGGAAUGGGCCAAAUUUCACCCAACUUAUUGUGGGAAGCUUGUGGAAGGCUACCCAAAACGUUUGACCCAAGUUAAACAAUUUAAAGGCAAUGCUACCAAAUACUAAUUGAGUGUAUGUAAACUUCUGACGCACUGGGAAUGUAAUGAAAUAAAUCAAAGCUGAAAUAAAUCAUUCUCUCUACUAUUAUUCUGACAUUUCACAUUCUUAAAAUAAAGUGAAUUUAACAGUUGACAUCAGUAAGGGAUAAUAGUUUUCACCUGGAUUCACCUGUUCAGUCUAUGUCAUGGAAAGAGCAGGUGUUCUUAAUGUUUUGUAUACUCAAUGUAUAGUGUUUUGGAAUUGCAGAGGAACACUAACUGACCAGAAUUAGCUUACAUUUUAGUCAUUUAGCAGACGCUCUUAUCCAGAGCGACUUACAGUUAGUGAGUGCAUACAUUUUUUCAUUUAAAAAAAUUAUACUGGCCCCCCGUGGGAAUCGAACCCACAACCCUGGUGUUGCAAGCGCCAUGCUUUACCAACUGAGCUACACGGGGCCUCACGUAGGAGUAUGCCUAUAUCAAAAUGGAACACACACAGCUACAAUGACUUGUACUUGCUUGUAUAACACAGCCUUGCUCCACACUACACUGUAAAGGGGUUACUGUGAAUCUGACAGUAGCUUACAGGCAGGCAGCUGGUGGAAAGACAAAUUCUGUAUUUCAUAUUACAGUUGACCUACUGUAAUAUAAAUACGGUAUCAAAGCAAGUACUGUUCCUAAUGUUAUGUACACUCAGUGUAUACAGUAUAUGAGUGCAUUCUAAGAAAAAAAGUGAUAUUUGACAAUAAAUUGAAUACCUGAAUUGCCACAAUAAAUUGCUGAAUGCCAUUCAUUAUUUGUCUGUGCCAGUAAAAUGUUUGUUAGUAUCUUCAUCCAUUGUCCAACUGUUUCAUUUAUUAGAGUUUUGUAAAACCUUUUAACAAUUUCGAUCACCGUUGCUAAUUUCUUCAUUGUCAUUUUGUUUGUGAAGGCUUUGAGUAUGGGAACUUUUUUGAUACUGCCACUACCUCGGGAAUACUGUCAGACAUUACUUGUGUAGCUCACCCUGCCGUACAUCCCCUCUCUCCUCUGGCCAGUUCUGGAAGGUGUCCUCCAUGGAACACCUGCUAGCCCGACUGGCCUUCGACUCACAGCCUGUCUCCAAGCGCGUCGUCAACCUUCUCUUCAAUUCCUUCUUCCCCGUCAACCAAUCAGAGGAGGUGUGGUGUGAGCGCUGCGUCACUCUGAUUCAGAUGAACCCCAAGGCAGCCAGGAAGUUCUACCAGUAUGCACAUAUCUACACUGCCCCCACUAACAUAGGUGAGUUUGUCCCAUGUGUACAUAUCCCCCACCAACAUAGGUGAGUUUGGCCUGCAGUUAUGUAGCUCCUGUCAGCAUAUGUGGGACUUAAAUCCUUCAUUGAUCCUUGGAAUUUUACUGUUGUUGAGGUCGUAGGUCUUUAUUCCCCUGUAGAUUAUUUAAAAAAUACAUAUCUAGCUCGUAGAUGUUAUGUGAGUCAUUUGAAGUUGUUAAUCUCCAGACUAAAGUCUGUUUACUGUACCUCUUGUGUGCCAGUCAAGCUGAUGCUGACAAUCCGCCGGUGUUUGAAUGCCUGCAUCCAGACUGAAGACCUGAACAAGACAAACUCGAGCAACAAGGAGAACGCAAGUGUAAGACUGAUUUGUAGAGCUGAAUGUCGGAUCACUUACAAGACUAAGGAGAUUCUUGUUUGUCAAUGGAAUGCAUGUACUAUAAUGAAAUGUUUCUUUCAUUCAAAUUGCAAUCUGGCAUUGACUUAUAAAUGCCUAAUGAGCUUAGUUAAACUGUCCUACCCCAUCAAAACCCAAAAUAAAAUUUCGCUUUACUCCAUUGUUUGUAAACACUGUCUAGCUUCAAAACAUGGUUAAAACUAUAAUUUUGAUCUUAUGGAGGGUCAGUCUUUGAAGUUAAGAGUGCUUACAUUUCUGCAGUGUAGAAAGCCAGUAUGAGGGUCUGCUCUAAGGCUAGAAUGAUUGGUGACCGGUGCGUGAGAGAAUAAAAAUCUGUAUACAGUUCAGUAGGUACUUGCACUCAAACCAUAAAAAGGAAAAAAACAACGAGGCUGGUAUGCAAAAAUAUACUUAAUUUAAUACCAAGCUUGAAAAAAGUGCCAAGUGCAACAACAAAAAAUGUCAAUUUGUAUUCUUUCAAGCAUGGUAUUAAAGUAAGCAUAUUUUUUCGUCUUUGGUGUUUCCUUUUUAUGCUUUGAGUGCGAGUACCUACUGAACUCUACAUUACUCCAGCCCCAUCGCUCAGCUGUUUACCACAACAAGUGGCUGGGUGGCAGUUUAGUUGAUUUUUAAAUCUCAGAGAGCCCCUUUUUAAAACAAGGUUCCUUGCAGGUUUUGGAGGAUGUCCUUUCGGUCAAGGACACAGCGUCCAUGGCCAGUCUGCUGGAGCUGGUGGUGAUCCUGUGGAGGAGCAUCCGGAAAGCCCUGGAGCUCAACAAGGACGCCCUCCAGUACACCACUGCCAAAUUUGGCUCCGUCGUGCCCAAAUAUUUCAAUGUCUUCCAGGUAUGAGGUGGACUGGAGGUUGCGUCCCAAUAAUCUCUCCUUUCUCCCGAAGUGAGCACUGGUUCACUUCCAUUCAUGGAUUUGAAAGGAAAUGACUGGUAUAUAUUAACUCCCUCUAGCCCAUGCCUACACCAAUCCAAUAUUUUUAAAUGUGUCGGGAGUAGUGAAAGAGUGCACACUUCAGGAAGAAGCAAGAUUAUUGGGACACACCCUAGAUAUCUUCCACAUCGUUUAAGGUGUCCUCACUUAGUUUUCUCUCUUUCAGGAGGAGCGUUGCACAGUUCCCCUCAUCCAACUGGCCUCCCUACUGCCCCCAGCUUCUGUCCCCACUUUCAGGUCAGUGGGAUCCUGCUUACUUGUCUUUUUUUGGUCUCCACUUCAGACUCUGUCUCUCACUCAAUCACUUACUCAUGCACACACGUUAACCCUGUCACCUCUGGUCCAUGUGUUCCAGCUGUGGAGUGCUGUCUAGGCUGAAGAGGUUAGAGGCGGGGGCCAAGGUGUCCCAGUACAGUCAGAUCAUCGAGUGUCUGUGUAGCUGGGGCCAGGCCGCACACGUCCUGGAGCUUAUCACUGACUGGCUCACUGAGGCCUUACCCACCGGCGCGGUAAGUAACACACCGAGAUUGCUUCCCAAAUGGCACCCAAUUCUCUAUAUAUUGCACUACUUUUGAUCAAGGCGCAUAGGUUCUCUGGUCAAAAGUUGUGCACUAUAUAGGGAAUAGGGUGCUAUUUGGGACACAUACGCAUACAUAGGGAUAUAUUUGGGCCUAAAAUAUAAAUAUCCAAAUUAGCCACAGAUGUAAUCCAGGGAUUUUUCUGCCAUUGAAAUCCUUAUUAUACAAGAGACACAAUUCAGAUUCUACAGCACAACGGCAGUCAUAUUUUAAGUGUAAAACUAACAAUGACUCAAUAAUUCAUGCCUUCUGGGAGUGCUAUAAAGUCCAAACGUUAUGGGCAGAGUUAGAAAGCUGGCUGUCAGAAGUUUUACAUGAAUGAGGGUGCAGUGAGAUACCCAAUGGGUUGGACAAUUUUAUUUUCGUCACUUACACUGAACAAAACUAAACGCAACAUGCAAGAAUUUCAAAGAUUUUACUGAGUUACAGUUCAUAUAAGGAAAUCAGUCAAUUUAAAUAAAUUCAUUAGGCCCUAAUAUAUGGAUUUCACAUUACUGGGAAUACAGAUAUGCAUCUGUUGGUCACAGAUAUUGAGUUGAUCAGGCUGUUGAUUGUGGCCUGUGGAAUGUUGUCCCACUCCUCUUCAAUGGCUGUGCGAAGUUGCUGGAGAUGGGCAGGAACUGGCACACGCUGUCGAACACGUCAAUCCAGAGCAUCCCAAACAUGCUCAAUGGCUAACAUGUCUGGUGAGUAUGCAGGCCAUGGAAGAACUGGGACAUUUUCAGCUUCCAGGAAUUGUGUACAAAUCCUUGUGACAUGGGGCCGUGCAUUAUCAUGCUGAAACAUGAGGUGAUGGCGGCGGAUGAAUGGCAUGACAAUGGGCCUCAGGAUCUCAUCACGGUAUCUGUGCAUUGAAAUUGCCAUUGAUAAAAUGCAAUUGUGUUGUUUGUCGGUAGCUUAUGCCUGCCCAUACCAUAACCCCACCGCCACCAUGGGGCCCUCUGUUCACCGCCACCAUGGGGCCCUCGGUUCACAACGUUGACAUCAGCAAACUGCUUGCCCACACGAAGCCAUACACGCUGUCUGCCAUCUGCCUGGUACAGUUGAAACCGGGAAGAGCACACUUCUCCAGUGUGCCAGUGGCCAUCAAAGGUGAGCAUUUGCCCACUAAAUUAUGUUAUGACGGCGAACUGCAGUCAGGUCAAGACCCUGGUGAGGACGACGAGCACGCAGAUGAGCUUCCCUGAGACGUUUCUGACCGUUUGUACAGAAAUUAUUUGGUUGUGCAAACCCACAGUUUCAUCAGCUGUCCAGGUGGCUGGUCUCAGACGAUCCCACAGGUGAAGAAGCCGGAUGUGGAGGUCCUGGGCUGGCGUGGUUACACAUGGUCUGCGGUUGUGAGGGUGGUUGGACAUACUGCCAAAUUCUCUAGAACGACGUUGGAGGCAGCUUAUGGUAGAGAAAUGAACAUUCAACAGUUCUGGUGGACAUUCCUGCAGUCCGCAUGUGGCAUUGUGACAAAACUGCACAUUUUAGAGUGGCCUUUUAUUGUUCCCCAGCACAAUGUGCACCUGUGUAAUGAUCAUGCUGUGUAUUCAGCUUCUUGAUAUGCCACACCUGUCAGGUGGAUGGAUUAUCUUGUCAAAGGAGAAAUGCUCACUAACAGAGAUGUAAACAAAUUUGUGCUCAAUAUUUGAGAGAAAUAAGCUUUUUGUGCAUAUAGAACAUUUCUGGGAUCUUUUAUUUCAGCUCAUGAAACAUGAGACCAACACUUUUUACAUGUUGCGUUUUUAUUUUUGUUCAGUAUAUAUUGAAGAUUAUAUUACUUAAAUACUGGAAGUCAAAUGAUACUCCAUUAAGAGAAUGGAAGAAUGAAAUGCUUUAUUUAAAUAUUGAAAAGAAUCUGGCAGAAACAUAUCACAAUCUGAAGUCAUAUGUCUUACAAGCAUUGGAAACAACAUUGCGUGUGGAUACGGUGGGAACGUGGGUCUGAGCAAGUGUGAUGUCAUUAAUGUUGGUUGAAAUGUAUGUAAAUGUUAAGUUGUCUAUUGUUUUUGUAUAUGUAUGCCUACGUUUUUUUUUUUUUCAUUUUAUCGGGUCACCCAAGUCCAAAAAGUGUUAAAUAAUAAAUUGGGAUGGAAAAACGCUUUCAGUGUAAACUUAAGGGUCAUGAACAGUCAAAAUCAUGUUUUUCAUUACAUUUUAUGAUAUUUGAAGGAAACCAGAUCAAAGUAUGAUGGCCAAAGUAUGAAAAAUGACUUGCUUCUUCAUUGAUAAAGUUUGAUCAUAAAGUUACUGGUCCCCUCCCCAUGUCAAAGCACUUGGAUUCAUUAUUAAGGGGACAAGGUGACAUUACCUUAACUCUCAUUUUAAUAAACCAAUGCUAACAUGAUAUUCUCUUACCUAAUUUUAAUAAGUACUACCUUGUAACUAACAUUGGAAAAGGUGUGUUUUCAGAGGGGCAUGGUUUAAAUAGCUAGAUAGAUACUCUACUGGUGCCAAAAUUUGACUGUAGAGUGUCAGCAAAUAUAAUUUAAAGUUUACCCUAUUAAUCUAUGGCAAAGAUACUUAUGUUUCACCUUUCAGCUGUGUCUGGUGUUAGCUAGUUACUGGCUAGCUAGGUCUUCAGCCAGCAUGGAACAAGGUUCGUUCAAAAAUCCGCCGCAGUUGUCAAGUCAACACAUCCGUCAGUGCUGCUGUGAACCGCAUCACAAGAGACAUGCCAAACAGGAGAUGUGUAAAAAAAUAUCUAUAAUUGAUGCAAUUUCAAUGUUUGAGUUGCUUUGUGUAUCACCACAUUUUCUUUAAAUGAUUUUACUGCAACACUGCUUACUACAUCCAAGUUGCUUGACAUGAGUAUAAGCUCCCUGCCCACUCAGCCUGUCUUUUCAAAAGUUAGCCAUGAGAGAGAAAGUACUUUACAGAAUGACUGUUCGGGGCCUUUUAAACGACUAAAAACGGAUAUAAAGUAUUUAGAAAAGAUAAUGGACUUAUUUAAAAAUAUAUAUAUAGUCUUUGAGAAACUGCAAUAUUUUCUCUCAGCUUCAUGGAGAAAUGUGUAGAAUUGCAGGAAAUUGGCUUGGGGGCCACUAAAAUUAAGCUGCGCCAACGGGCUGACUGCCCCCAUUGCCACGCCCCCUACCACACCCACCACCUAAACCCCUUUUUUAUCCAGACAAAACCCUGUAAUCAUGAUAUCAUUGGACAUAACCCCCCUUUCUGCUCCCACUUUUCCUUCACAGGGCAAAGGGAACACCAGUCGGAAAGUGCGCAUCCAGGAGACGGUGGAGGCCAAGCCAGACCUGGGGCUAGAUUACCUGGAGUACCUGUUCAGCCGCACCGCCACGCGGGACUGCGUACUGCCCUUCAGGCAGGGCCAGCUCAAACAGCUACACAAAGCCCUCGGGGCCUGGAAGGUACAGUAGAUACUAUAAUUUGUUUUUUUAUAUGUUGCUUAUAUGUGCUGUGACAGGCUAUGAGCAGAGGUGUGAUCUUGUGUCCUGUUUGCCUCCACAGUCGGUGCUGUACUCACAUCUGAGCUCUUCUGAGGCCCAGGCCGAUGUUCCCAGAGCAGAAACAGCACUGAGGGCGUUUGCUCUUCACGCACGUCUCAGUGCCCAUCUACAGCACAAUGUGAGUUCCAUCACCUACAUACUUCUACAGUGGGGGAAAAAAGUAUUUAGUCAGCCACCAAUUGUGCAAGUUCUCCCACUUAAAAAGAUGAGAGAGGCCUGUCAUUUUCAUCAUAGGUACACGUCAACUAUGACAGACAAAUUGAGAAAAAAGAAUCCAGAAAAUCACAUUGUAGGAUUUUUUAUGAAUUUAUUUGCAAAUUAUGGUGGAAAAUAAGUAUUUGGUCACCUACAAACAAGCAAGAUUUCUGGCUCUCACAGACCUGUAACUUCUUCUUUAAGAGGCUCCUCUGUCCUCCACUCGUUACCUGUAUUAAUGGCACCUGUUUGAACUUGUUAUCAGUAUAAAAGACACCUGUCCACAACCUCAAACAGUCACACUCCAAACUCCACUAUGGUCAAGACCAAAGAGCUGUCAAAGGACACCAGAAACAAAAUUGUAGACCUGCACCAGGCUGGGAAGACUGAAUCUGCAAUAGGUAAGCAGCUUGGUUUGAAGAAAUCAACUGUGGGAGCAAUUAUUAGGAAAUGGAAGACAUACAAGACCACUGAUAAUCUCCCUCGAUCUGGGGCUCCACGCAAGAUCUCACCCCGUGGGGUCAAAAUGAUCACAAGAACGGUGAGCAAAAAUCCCAGAACCACACGGGGGGACCUAGUGAAUGACCUGCAGAGAGCUGGGACCAAAGUAACAAAGCCUACCAUCAGUAACACACUACUCCGCCAGGGACUCAAAUCCUGCAUUGCCAGACGUGUCCCCCUGCUUAAGCCAGUACAUGUCCAGGCCCGUCUGAAGUUUGCUAGAGUGCAUUUGGAUGAUCCAGAAGAGGAUUGGGAGAAUGUCAUAUGGUCAGAUGAAACCAAAAUAUAACUUUUUGGUAAAAACUCAACUCAUCGUGUUUGGAGGACAAAGAAUGCUGAGUUGCAUCCAAAGAACACCAUACCUACUGUGAAGCAUGGGGGUGGAAACUUCAUGCUUUGGGGCUAUUUUUCUGCAAAGGGACCAGGACGACUGAUCCGUGUAAAGGAAAGAAUGAAUGGGGCCAUGUAUCGUGAGAUUUUGAGUGAAAACCUCCUUCCAUCAGCAAGGGCAUUGAAGAUGAAACGUGGCUGGGUCUUUUAGCAUGACCAUGAUCCCAAACACACCUCCCGGGCAACGAAGGAGUGGCUUCGUAAGAAGCAUUUCAAGGUCCUGGAGUGGCCUAGCCAGUCUCCAGAUCUCAACCCCAUAGAAAAUCUUUGGAGGGAGUUGAAAGUCCGUGUUGUCCAGCGACAGCCCCAAAACAUCACUGCUCUAGAGGAGAUCUGCAUGGAGGAAUGGGCCAAAAUACCAGCAACAGUGUGUGAAAACCUUGUGAAGACUUACAGAAAACGUUUGACCUGUGUCAUUGCCAACAAGGGGUAUAUAACAAAGUAUUGAGAAACUUUUGUUAUUGACCAAAUACUUAUUUUCCACCAUAAUUUGCAAAUAAAUUCAUAAAAAAUCCUACAAUGUGAUUUUCUGGAUUAUUUUUUCUCAAUUUGUCUGUCAUAGUUGACGUGUACCUAUGAUGAAAAUUACAGGCCUCUCUCAUCUUUUUAAGUGGGAGAACUUGCACAAUUGUUGGCUGACUAAAUACUUGUUUUCCCCACUGUACCUCUGCUGCAAAACAGUCCAAUUCAGAUGUUACUCCUCUCUUUGUAACAAAUCUGUGUACGGUAGUGCUUUGCCCACAAUAAAUUGACCGAAUUAUCAUCAGGGUUGAUCAAUUCCAAUUUAAUUUCAAAUUCAAUUCAAGCAGGAUGUGGAGAAUUUAAUUGGAAUUGCAGCAAUCUUCAAAACACUUAAUUGGAAUUGAAUUGGAAUUUAGACCGUAUGAAUUGAAUUGCAACUGAACAUAAACCAUCCUUGGAAUGGAAUUGGAAUUUAAUUUGAAUUGGAAAAUAAAAACAUCCUUGGAUUGGAAUUGGAAUUUAGAUUUGGACAACUUUAAUUGUAUUAUAAUUGUGUACUGGAGUUAAUGCAUUGAAAUUGAAUGCAAACUUUUGUUUUAAAUCAAAUAAUGAUAAUUAUAUACAUGUUUUCUAAUGAGGAGUUGAUGUGCAAUAUAAUUCCAGUUUGGUUAUUUUGGUCCAAUUAAAGUGAUAGUUCACCCAAAUUAAAUAUUGGUUUCCUUCCCCUUAAGCAGUCAAUGAACUAUGACAUUGUCGUUUUGUAAUUUGGCUAAAUUUGAAUUCCACUGAGUAUUGUUUACGCAAUUAUUAUGUAUUGCUUUAUAAUUCUACAACAUAUGGAAUUAAGCAGUCGCUUUUAUCCAAAGCAACUUCGUCAUGCAUGGAUAGAUUUUUACGUAAGGGUGAUCCCGGGAAUCUAACUCACUCCCGUCGUUGCAAAAGCCAUUUUUCAAUUUAUUUGGGGGGGGGGGGGGGGGGUACAUUGAUUGUUAUUUAUAUUAUGCAGCACAAAGAAAAAUCACUUGUAAAAAAACUCAUCUGUUAGUGGUUGGAUUUAUUGCACCCGUUAUUGAGAUGGUGGAGCCAGUUCAUAUGGUUUAUGUUGUCUUGUCAACUUUAUACUCUCUACCUUGCAAUCAGUCUGAAUGCAAAAGGUGCUUGAUGAACUACUCUAAAGAUUGCAAAUCCACCAUUUGGAUGGAUUUCAAUGGGAAUUAAACACCACCCUGAAGGUUAUCAUAAUUUGGUAAAAUGGCCUGAGGUGGUGUGUCAAAUAUAUAUUUUUUCUGGGCCAGGAAGUAAACAGGCAAUCAAAUAUGUAGCUUCUGGUAUUUGAACACACUUAUAAUUGCAUAUUUUAUGUAGCCCUUGAUAGAGGCUGGACAUGCAAGUGAAUGCAAUGAGUAAGUCUCUGUCACUAACAAACAGUCAUGGGGGGGGAUAAUUCCAAUGUUUACAUUUACAUUUUAGUCAUUUAGCAGACGCUCUUAUCCAGAGCGACUUACAUGAGCAAUUAAGGGUUAAGUGCCUUGCUCAAGGGCACAUCGACAGAUUUUUCACCUAGUCGGCUCGGGGAUUAGAACCAGCAACCUUUCGGUUACUGGCACAACGCUCUUAACCACUAAGCUACCUGCCGCCCCGCAAUGUUCACUCUAAAGGCACACUGGGAUAUACAGUUGAAGUCGGAAGUUUACAUACACCUUAGCCAAAUACAUUUAAACUCUGUUUUUCACAAUUUCUGACAUUUAAUCCUAGUAAAAAUUCCCUGUCUUAUGUUAGGUAGGAUCACCACUUCAUUUUAAGAAUGUGAAAUGUCAGAAUAAUAGUAGAGAGUGAUUUAUUUCAGCUUUUUCUUUCUUUCAUCCCAUUCCCAGUGCGUCAGAAGUUUACAUACACUCAAUUAUUAUUUGAUAGCAUUGCCUUUAAAUUGUUUAACUUGGGUCAAACGUUUCGGGUAGCCUUCCACAAGCUUCCCACAAUAAAUUGGGUGAAUUUUGGCCCAUUCCUCCUGACAGAGCUGGUUGUAACUGAGUCAGGUUUGUAGGCCUCCUUGCUCGCACACACUUUUUCAGUUCUGCCCACACAUUUUCUAUAGGAUUGAGGUCAGGGCUUUGUGAUGGCCACUCCAAUACCUUGACUUUGUUGUCCUUAAGCCAUUUUGCCACAACUUUGGAAGUUUGCUUGGGGUCAUUGUCCAUUUGGAAGACCCAUUUGCGACCAAGCUUUAACUUCCUGACUGAUGUCUUGAGAUGUUGGUUCAAUAUAUUCACAUCAUUUUCCUUCCUCAUGAUGCCAUCUAUUUUGUGAAGUGCACCAGUCCCUCCUGCAGCAAAGCACCCCCACAGCAUGAUGCUGCCACCCCUGUGCUUCACGGUUGGGAUGGUGUUCUUCGGCUUGCAAGCUCCCUCUUUUUCCUCCAAACAUAACGAUGGUCAUUAUGGCCAAACAGUUCUAUUUUUGUUUCAUCAGACCAGAGGACAUUUCUCCAAAAAGUACGAUCUUUGUCCCCAUGUGCAGUUGCAAACCGUAGUCUGUUUUUUUUAUGGCGGUUUUGGAGCAGUGGCUUCUUCCUUGCUGAGCGGCCUUUCAGGUUAUGUCGAUAUACGACUUGUUUUACUGUGGAUAUAGAUACUGUUGUACCUGUUUCCUCCAGCAUCUUCACAAGGUCCUUUGCUGUAGUUCUGGGAUUGAUUUUCACUUUUCGCACCAAAGUACGUUAAUCUCUAGGAGACAGAACGCAUCUCCUUCCUGAGCGGUAUGACGGCUGCGUGGUCCCAUGGUGUUUAUACUUGCGUACUAUUGUUUGUACAGAUGAACGUGGUACCUUCAGGCGUUUGGAAAUUGCUCUCAAGGAUGAACCAGACCUCCAAUUGACUCAAAUGAUGUCAAUUAGCCUAUCAGAAGCUUCUAAAGCCAUUACAUAAUUUUCUGGAAUUUUCCAAGCUGUUUAAAGGCACAGUCAACUUAGUGUAUGUAAACUUCUGACCCACUGGAAUUGUGAUACAGUGAAUUAUAAGUGAAAUAAUCUGUCUGUAAACAAUUGUUGAAAAAAUGACUUGUGUCAUGCACAAACUAGAUGUCCUAACUGACUUGCCAAAACUAUAGUUUGUUAACAAAGAAAUUUGUGGAGUGGUUGAAAAACGAGUUUUACUGACUCCAACCUAAGUGUAUGUAAACUUCCGACUUCAACUGUAUGGAAAUGUAAGCAAAUAUUUGCAUAUAUCCCAGAGUGCCUGUUAGUGAACGUUGGAAUUACCACACAUGAUUGUGUUUGCUAGUGACAGAGACAUGGUUGUUGCAUACAAUUCUUAUCAAAACUGUAGCCUUCAAGUGAGUGCCUAAGUGAAUAUGUUAUCCUUAAAAUGUAACCCUUUCUGACAAUACAUUACACAUCAUAAGGCUAUACCUCAACAGACUAGUUUUACCCUAACACAGGGUAUAACAUAAGAUCGAUUAAUCAAUCAAUGUGGAUGCAAAAACACAGAUAUUGAAACAAACAAUUCUAAAAAUGAACCUGCAAUAAAGCAUGCUCGGAAAUAUGAUAAUGAUGGGCGUGGAUUUGAGUGUCAGUGUUUUACUACAGAGAAAAAUGACACAAUCACACUCAACUCUGGUUAUUGACGUCAAUGGGUUAUUUUAUAACACUGAGUGUUAAUUUAACUCCUGAAUUAAUAAACAUCUCACUCUACCUCAUAGUAUUUUUCCUUUAUUAGUCAGGCAUGAAAGGUGGAGACGGUAAUUGAACCCUGGUCUCCGGUGGGGAAGCACACAUUUGCUUGUUGCUGGGAGUGUUUCCCACAUGACCACGGCUCUGGAGAUCCUCUCAUUUCUAUCAUGAAUUUUGUUUCACACUACAGUAUGCAAUUGUAUAAAUGUUACAUAAAGGGUUUUGUUUGAAUAUUAAUGUGUAGAAAAUGUGUUUAAAAAAAUUAAUUUGCCAAUGUAUUGUUUUUAGAGAGCAUGGAGAUUUGUUCCCCACAAUGUGCUAAACCAAUUGGGGAGAAAACUGGUAUAAAGUAAUAAUGAAUAAUACAGUAGCCACUACUGAGUGGAGUAUUUUUCAUUUUUUCAUCCUUAUUUCAUGCUGUUCAUAUUAAAUAGCUUUAACUUACUGUAUCUAUGAUAUUCACUAAUUGGAUGGGUUAUAUUUAAUUGGAUGUUUUACAUCUUUAAAGUAUGUUUUAACUUGAAGAGCAUCUUACUGUAUUAUUUUAUAUAUUUUACAGGUUAAGCUAAUUCCCCAAAUUCCUGAACGUUUUCAGAAUUCAGGGGACAUUUCGAGGUUUACCAGGAAUAUUCCUUCUUAGUUCGUUAAGAGGUUUUUAAGUUUGUCUUUGGAAUCUGCCAUGAGUUGAGGUAGUUUGGUUGAGUUUGGCUUGAGUUGAAAGAAGUGAAGGAAUUUAAAUUCAGGGAAUUUGUCUAGAGAGGGAAUUGAAUUAUGUGAAUUAUUGUUGCUGAAUAUGGAAUUAAGAAUUGUAGUUUUGAAUUGGUAUUUGAGUUUAAUUUAAUUGAGUGAAUUGUUGUGGCAGAAUAAUGAAUUAGGAAUUGUAGUUUUGAUUUGACUUAGAAUUUGAAUUCGAGAUGAGUUGAAUUCACUCUGAAUUGAAGAACUGCUAUGGAAUUGAAUUGAUGGAAUUUAUAGGAAGAGAGAAUUGCAUUGGAAUAACAUUUGUGGAAUUGACCCCAACUCUGCAGGAAUGUUUUAUUUAUGGGAUUUAUAGGGAGAGGGAAUUGAAUUUGUGGAAUUGACCCCAACCCUGAUUAUCAUGAUAGCGAAUUAGCGAUACAUAAAACAAUAACUUUAUAACAGUAAUGUGCAUCACUUUUUUUUUUUUUUUACCCUUAACUACCACUACUACUUUGAAUGUUGUAGUUAUGGAUUGUCCCAUUAGCAUUCACCCAUAUUAGUAGACUUAUUCAAUUUCAAACUUCACAUAUCUCCAGCAUAGUAUAGGCCACUUAUCAUAAUUAACGAUAUCAGCAAAAUGUCCUCUAAGUGUUGGGUUUUGUCGGUGUCUGUAAUUUGGAUUAUUGUCCCAGGUCUAGUGAACAGUAUUUGGGAUAUAACUGGUCUUCUGUAGCUCAGUUGAUAGAGCAUGGCAAUUGUGACACCAGGAUAGUGUGUUCGAUUCCUGGGACCACCCAUACGUAAAAAAAGUAUGCACGCAUAACUAAGUCGACUUUGAAUAAAAGUGUCUGCUAAACGGCAUACACUACCAGUCAAAGGUUUGGACACACCUACUCAUUCAAGGGUUUUUCUUUAUUUUUACAAUUUUUUACAUUUAAUAAUAGUGAAUACAUCAAAACUAUGAAAUAACACAUAUGGAAUCAUGUAGUAACCAAAACGUGUUAAACAAGUUAUUCAAAUAGACACCCUUUGCCUUGAUGACAUCUUUGCACACUCUUGGCAUUCUCUCAACCAGCUUCAUGAGGUAGUCACCUGGAAUGCAUUUCAAUUAACAGGUGUUCUUUCCUUCUUAAUGCGUUUGAGCCAAUCAGUUGUGUUGUGACAAGGUAGGGGGGCUAUACAGAAGAUAGCCCUAUUUGGUAAAAGACCAAGUCCAUAUUAUGGCAAGAACAGCUCAAAUAAGCAAAGAGAAACAACAGUUAAUCAUUACUUUAAGACAUGAAGGUCAGUCAAUACGGAACAUUUCAAGAACUUUUAAAGUUUCUUCAAGUGCAGUCGCAAAAACCAUCAAGCGCUAUGAUGAAACUGGCUCUCAUGAGGACUGCCACAGGAAUGAAAGACCAGAGUUGCCUCUGCUGCAGAGGAUAAGUUCAUAGAGUAACCAGCCUCAGAAAUUGCAGCCCAAAUAAAUGUUUUGAAGUAACAGAAGCAUCUCGACAUCAACUGUUCAGAGGAGACUGUGUGAAUCGGGCCUUCAUGGUCGAAUUGCUGCAAAGAAACCACUACUAAAGGACACCAAUAAGAAGAAAACACUUGCUUGGGCCAAGACAUUAGACCGGUAGAAAUGUGUCCUUUGGUCUGGAGUCCAAAUUGGAGAUUUUUGGUUCCAACCGCCGUGGCUUAGUGGGACAAUCAUUUGUUUUUCAACAGUACAAUGACCCAAUACACCUCCAGGCUGUGUAAGGGCUAUUUUACCAAGAAGAAGAGUGAUGCAGUGCUGCAUCAGAUGACCUGAACUCCACAAUCCCCCGACCUCAACCCAAUUGAGAUGGUUUGAGAUGAGUCGGACCGCAGAGUGAAGGAAAAGCAGCCAACAAGUACUCAGCAUAUGUGGGAACUCCUUCAAGACUGUUGGAAAAGCAUUCCAUGUGAAGCUGGUUGAGAGAAUGCCAAGAGUGUGCAAAGCUGUUAUCAUGGCAAAGGGUGGCUAUUUGAAGAAUCUCAAAUAUAAAAUAUAUUUUGAUUUGUUUAACACUUUUUUGGUUACUACAUGAUUCCAUAUGUGUUAUUUCAUAGUUUUGAUGUCUUCACUAUUAUUCUACAAUGUAGAAAAUGGUGAAAAUAAAGAAAAACCCUGGAAUGAGUAGGUGUGUCCCAAACUUUUGACUGGUACUGUAUAUUAUUUAUUAUAUUAGCUACUGGUCUGUGUCGUGUUUUGGCUAUAACCACCUUUUACAACCUGCUAUAACCACCAGGGCUUUUUGUUCUAUAACCACAUGUUUUUGCGUUCCCAGUUCUCUGAGGGCAGGGAUUUCCUGGUUUCUGUGGAGAACAUGGCAGCAUGGGUGGCAGAGAGGGUGCUGCCCUUCCUGGUCAGUCUCAGUGAGGGAAGGGUCACUGAGCAGCAGCGGGAUCUCGCCAGGCAGGUGGUAGAGGUAAGCACAACCUGCUGGAUAGGGUAGCGGGUAGCAAGUAUCAACCACAGGAUGGAUUUUACACUGUUUUUGUACAGGACACCUACACGUUAAUUCUGUGUUAAGUACUCAGAGGUACCUCAGGGGUGUCCAAUUCAAUUCCUGGAGGGCUGUGUGUCUGCUGGUGGUUAUUUAUUUUCAAUUUGUGUCCAACUAAGUCCUAGACAACCAGUUGAGCGUCAAUCAAAUCAAUCAAAUGUAUUUCACAAAGCCUUUUUUACAUCAGCAGUUGUCAGUGAUUUUCAGAAAAUGUUAAAACACAGGAUGAAUAAUAUAGCAUUAGCGACCUUUCAGACAUAAAAGAACAGCCGUGUUAUAUAGUUAUUUAUAAACUGGGUGGUUCGAGCACUGAAUGCUGAUUGGCUGACAGCCGUAGUAUAUCAGACUGUAUACCACGGGUAUGACAAAAUAUUUAUUUUAACUGCUCUAAUUACGUUGGUAACCAGUUUAUAAUAGCAAUAAGGCACCUCGGAGGUUUGUGGUAUAUGGCCAAUAUACCACGGCUAAGGGCUGUAUCCAGGCACUCCGCGUUGCGUCGUGCCUACGAACAGCCCUUAGCCGUGGUAUAUUGGCUAUAUACCACAAACCUCCGAGGUGCCUUAUUGCUUACGUGUAUGAGACACUGUUACAGUAUUAUCCAGUGAAUUAAGUCCUGGUAAUGUAUGAGCAGCUUUAUAGUAUUAUGGUCAGUAGAUCAAUUCUCCUCCUUUCUCCUUUCUUAUGCUUUCAGUUCUAGCUAAGGCCACGUCCCAAAUGGCACACUAUUCCCUAUGUAGUGCAUUACUUUUGACCAGAGCCCUAUUGGCCCUGGUCAAAAGUAGUGCACUUUUAGGGAAUAGGGUUCCAUUUGGGACGCGGCCUUAGUUGGUUAAAGAUUGUUAUUCCACACUCGCCUAUCAGCUCUCUGCUGUAUGCCUCCCACUCACAGAGAGCUAGAUGGACUAAUUUGUUAUUUGAAAUUGGCUUCUCUAGCUAUUUCUGUCAUUACUCUCUCAAGAGUGUCGCCCAAAGGUUGCUGCUGUGUUCGGAUAUGGAAAAUAAACCCCCAUUUAUCUCAAUACCCACUUCUGCUGCUUCCACCAACUCUAGGGUUCCAGCACCAACACUUGAGAUUAAGAUAGUAUGGUGGGUUAUGCAAUGCAUUGUUCUCAGGAAAAAUGUGCACAAAAAUGUCAUUUUUUAUGAUUGAAUAAUUGUUUUAUUGUCCCGUAAUAUAGUUAGUUUAGUUGAUUUGGGCUUUCAGCAUUAUUACAGGUUCUUAAAAACAGUUGUCAAUACAACCUCUGAUUUACUUUGCCGUUACUAUUUUUUAAAAAACAUAAAUGUCAUUGUUUCUAUGGGUUAACGUUUUCUGUCCGUCUUUGUGGAGUGACUACCUUGCUCUAACGUUGUGGUGAUGUUUGGCAGAAAUUCCUGACAGUGUGCAGCGAUGUGAUCCGGGUGGGCCUUGGGGACGAGGAGUUCAAAGGGCAGGUCCUUCACCUGUGCUCCGUUGUGCUCCUCUCUGGUGAGUGUAGCUAUUUACACUACACAGAUACAAUUACAGACAUCAAUAUGAAGGAGUAUGUCACUUUAGGGCCAUUUUGGAUCUGUAAAUCAACUUUGCCAUAAGGCACACUUAGAACCGUAGAUUCUCUAGAAUUGUUGUUGACUGGAACACCCACUGACUAGGCCACUUGUGCACCUAGUCUUUCACUGUGUCUGUGAGGAAUUAUGACCUAGGUGGGUGUGUGUUGUUGUGUUCUCAGAGAAGGGCUACCUGUGUGUUCCCCUGCUGCUCUCUGUGCUGACGAAGGUGGCGGAGAACUACGUCCCCGAGAACCAGGCCCAGGACGACCAGUCCUCCAUCAUCCUCAGCGUGGUCACCAACGUCUUCCAGAAGAUCCUGGAGAUCAUGGCUCGCCACCUGAGGAAGGACCCCGAGGAGGGCCAGGAGGUGUGGAGGAUGGCUGCUUCCCACUAUUUAUAGGAAAUCAGUCGCCGUAUCAACAAAGGGCUUUACAUUUUUUAUUUUAUUUUACCCCCUUUUUCUCCCCAAUUUCGUGAUAUCCAAUUAUGAUCUUGUCUCAUUGCUGCAAUUCCCUAACGGGCUCGGGAGAGGCGAAGGUCGAGUCAUGUGUCCUCCGAAACAUGACCUGCCAAACCCCGCUUCUUAACACCCGCCCGCUUAACCCAGAAGCCAGCCGCGAAUGGUGUCGGAGGAGUCACCAUUCAACUGACGAUCAAAGUCAGCCUGCAGGCGCCCGGCCCGCCACAAGGAGUUGCUAGAGCACGAUAAGCCAAGUAAAGCCCCCCCGGCCAAACCCUCCCCUAACCCGGACGACGCUGGGCCAAUUGUGCGCCGCCCUAUGGGACUCCCGGUCACGGCCGGUUGUGACACAGCCUGGGAUCGAACCCGGGUCUGUAGUGACGCCUGCGAUGCAGUGCCUUAGACUGCUGCGCCACUCGGGAGGCCCCAACCAAGGGCUUUUUAUUGACUGUGGUUUGGUGUGUGUUUGAGUGUCAAUCAAAAACGCACACUUAGAUCAUUAGAGGUAGUCUCUUCAAUCAGUUUUUAAAUGGCUGUGUCUAUAAAUAAUACCUAUUUGGCCCAACAACCGAAGCAGUACUGGGGCCAUAUGUAUCAAGCUUCUCAGAGUAGGCUUGAGGAUCAGCUCCCCCCCUGUCCAUUUAAUCAUAUUCAUUGUGAUCUAAAUAACUGAAUUGCACUCCUACUCUUAGACGCAUAAUACAUUAUGGCCCCUGUUCAGCUCGCAAAUGUGAAUAGAUAAUUGAAGGUUGUUUCUCUCUCCCCUGGCUGUUGUAGCUGUGGCACUCGGCUGUUCACGCUCUAGGAGACUUCCUCCAGGUCGUUCAGGCAUGGUCGGGCUUCAACUCCAACCCCCUAAACGGGGUGUUUUCAACCAUUUGUGCUGCCACCCUGGCGGCAAGCCAACACUCGCUUCAAAGGGUAAGAGCAAACUAAGAUGGCUGAUUCACUACAAACACAAUUUUCCUAGAUAGAAAAUGUAAUUCACAAUGUUGAUAGGUUGCGUAUUAAGAACAUGUACUAUAUUUUGUUUGCGCCCAACUUUUCUGUCUUAGAUUUCACAUCCCCAAGAGGUCACAAGACCAGAGACGGUCCAGGAUUUGCCUCCUCUCUCAAGCAUCUUGUUGGAUGUUCUCCUCAAAUCGCCCCCUGUCACCAGGUAACUUCUCCCCAAGAGUUGCUGCUUUCUAUGACUACGCACACUGGCUGAGUUGGGUUUCUUUCUUUGUGAUUAAGAUUUCUAUAGAUUUUUCACACACAAAAAGGAGUAAUAAGAAACAGAACAGACACAACAAACACGGUCAACACCACACAAUGUCAUAUAAAGACCGUGAUAAAUCAAAUAUUGUACUUUUUCCUCAGUUGUUUCUAAUCCAAGGUCUCCUCUCUUUUUUAGGGCCUUCCUGGCAGAGAUCAACUCAACUGUUGACUCAGAGGUCAUUGAUGGUCUGACCGGAUUGGCUGCAGUUCUUCACAUUCUGGCAGUUGUCAGACAGAGUGAGUAAAACUGUUGCAAUAAAGACAUCCUUUAUCUUGGUCUAAACAAUGUUUUGCUUCCACAUUUAUGAUUAGUUUCUGACAGGAGCUACAGGUUUUUAGCUGCUACACUGGGAGCGUAACUUUUGCCAGCGUGAGCAGAACGCGUGCCACUUUAUCAACUGUUCUUGGGCCUGAGCCGGUUGCUUAUGCCCAGAUUUCAUUUAAAUUAAUAAAUGCAAGAAGUUACAUGUCCAGUGUAGCUGGCCUGUAAUGAUUGUGCCUGUUUUUCUUCCAGCUGGGAAGUUUAAGGCAGAUCUGAAGAGUACAGCCGUGUCCGUCCAGAGGCAGCUUCAGAAACAUUACGCUGUCACGGCUGAGAACGAAGAACACAUCCAGAGGUGACUAGACUAACGAACGUUACAAGGGUAGUGUCCCAAAUGGCACCCUGUAGUUCACUACUUUUGACAAGGGCCCAUAGGGCUCUGGUCAAAGAGAGUGCACUAUAUAGGGAAUAGGGUGCCAUUUGGGACGUACCGACAUUACCUCCACAGAGAAUUCUGUUAGUACCUUUUGUAUGUUGUAAGACGGUUAAGUAUUUUAGAGUUGUUAGCUAGCUAGAAUCGCAUGUACCCUGAACGUUAAGGAAACAUGCUCAUAAACUGGGAAUUUUGGGAGGGCAAAUUAUAUUUGAAUGCCAAAAUAGCAACCUAAAAAUGGCAUUAAAUUAAAACAUGUUUUCUCUUUCUCUAGGGUAAUCUACGAAUCCGCUAUCAAGACAUUAAAUGAGAUUCUGAUGCCAUGCCCAUGAGGGGACAAGAGCGAGAGAACGUCAACAUUUUUAACACACAUAUUUAACAUUUUCGAAUAGUUUUUGUGUUGCCAGUGUCAGCUAUUGUUCUAUUCUGUUCUAUUUUUCUAAGCUUUUCUAUUCUGUGUAAUCAUGGUGUAUGCAGUAUGACUUGUAACUUGUGCUUUGGAUUUAUGUAUUGCCUCAGUGUAUAUAUAGCUAUGCUGCAUAAACUGAACUGUGUGUAACAUUGUUAACUGC